AUGGCUGCCAACAACGCAAAGAGAAGACGUUCAGAUGACGUGGAUUUCAGCAGUAACCAUCCCACUGCGUCUCCUGCGCCGUCUCUCCCUCUCCCGGCAAUCAGUGAGAAGAAGAAUACGGACCCUUCCGGGUUGCUAGCAACCCUCCAACGCCAUAUUGACGAUAUACGCAGUCAUAUUUACUGCGGAGUGUGCAUCAAGCCGCUCUAUGAGCCGUAUACAUUGCCGUGUGGGCACACGUUUUGCUACAGCUGUCUAGUGCAAUGGUUCAAGAGCCAGGGCCACUCGAAAACAUGUCCAGACUGCCGGGCACCCGUCAAAUCGACCCCUGCUCCAGCAUAUUUGGUCCGCAACAUCGUUCAUAUGUUUAUUGGCCGCUCCGAGUUGACAGAUUCAAAUGAAACCACACAAGAACAUUUGGCCAACCAGGUAGCAGAGACUGAGAAGGUCGAAAGGGAUAAAAAGAACACUGACCCUAAGACCGGUGGUCUGUUCCAGGGGUGUUUCAACAGAACUACAAUUCCACUUUAUGACAAUCUAGAAGGAGUCUCGCGGUGUCCAGGGUGUUUUUGGGAACUGGAGGAUGGCGAAUGCACGCACUGCGGCUAUACUGUGUCCGACUCGGACCCAGACAAUGACGAUGAUCUCGACUCUAUCGAACAACUCCAGAUAAUGGACGCUUUAUAUGAAGGGCACGCGGCCGAUUUUCACCUCCAUAACCCCUAUCCCCGGCUCGGGUAUAGUUUUAUGGGUGGCUUUGACCACGACGAGUCUCUGGGCGUAGAAUCUGGGGAAGGUGAGGAAGACGACGAAGAUGAGGAUGACGAGGAUGGCGAGUCGGAUUUAUCAGAAGACGAAUCAAUUGAAUCUGAUGAGGACUCCGAAAUUUCAAACUCGACAGCGCGCCGUGCUUCAAGUGAUCAUGGUAGCCAGACCAUUGACGUUGAGUCAACGCCAUCGGUUCAGGAGAUACCAUCGACUGCCCAGUCUGAAGCAGAUUCAGAGGCAGAUUCAGACGAGGAACCAAUUAGACAGCCGGUACGCAGAAGAGCCGCUCGUCUGCAUCAGUCUCGCCGACGCACAAGCUUCGAUCAAACGGCCAGGAUGACGUUGCCCAUGUUCCUACUUCAAGCAAGCAGGAGGGGGAAUAACCCUGAGAAUGCUGUCGUUAUCGAUGAUUCCUCCCCUCCUCGCCCGGCUCCAAGGCACCGUCGCCACUAA